AUGCUACCACACUACUGUGCCACGCCCCAGACAGUGCUAUACUCCAGACCGUUCCACCACCCUACCGUGCCACCACUAUACCAUGCCACCAAUACCAUGCUACCACACUACUGUGCCACGCCCCAGACAGUGCUACACUCCAGACCGUUCCACCGCCCUACCGUGCCACCCCUCAAACCGUGCCACCACUAUACCAUGCCACCAAUACCAUGCUACCACAAUACUGUGCCCCACCCCAGACAGUGCUAUACUCCAAACCGUGCCACCACCAUACCAUGCCACCCCUCAGAUCGUUCCACCACUAUACCUUGCCACCCCCAAGACCGUGCCACACCAGGGACAGUGCCAGCACUAGAGAUGUUUUAA